AUGACUAGCAUUCCACUUGGCCAAUUCAUUGAUAUUAUCAAUAAGACUCGGGUGUCAUAUGCCGGCACCUGGAUCGAUAGUCUGAAGUCAGGCAGCAUGGAUGCAUUUGCUGGUCUCCUGAUUGCCAAUCUUUCCAAGAUAACCAGCCUAAAAAUCGGCCAUAACUUUAUCAACGGGGACGAUAUUCUCGGCAACGUCCUUUUAUCCAAAGUCUCUGGCGAGCUGCCUGUAUUUGAGCGGCUUAAAAAGAUGAGCUAUAUCAAGAGAUUAGACCGUGAAGUUUGGGAGAGAAAUCAGAUCUUCGAAUACGCAGCAUCUCUCUUUUACAUACCAACAGUCACAGAUAUGUCCGUGUCAAUGACGAAUCAUCCAUUUAUGUGGCCAAGAGGAGAUCCUGAUCUCGACUGCCUGACUUCACUGCAUAUUGAGUGGGCUAUUGGCUCAGUUGUGGCUGAAGUGCUUACCCUUACACCAAACCUGAAAUCACUCUCCUGGCGCUGGAUUUACCACGAUAGUUGCAACGAAGAGCUGGAAUUCAAGAUUCUAGACUUCGACCAGAUUGUUGAAGUGGUAUCAUUUGUCGAGGACACAUUGGAAACGCUGGUCCUUUCUAUGGGGGUUGGAGAUGAUGACUACGACAGGCUGCCUGUGGGGAUGGAUGUCCGGGGAUCUUUCAGCGGUCUCUCCGAAUUUGAACGACUUAAAGAACUAUCUAUACCUAUGGCUUUGGGGCCGAGCCCAUACCUCUGA